CCGAACUUGUAGGUGUAAGAGAUUUUUUUAGUGCAAAUAGUAAAAAAUGGACGUAGAGGACAAAAGUAAAAAGGAAAUUGACGCGCCUGAAAAUAAUAAGUCCUACGCUGGUAUUCCUGAAGCCGAAUUUGUGGAAGAUGUUGAUGCGUUUAUGGCCAAACCAGAGAAUAAUGGAUCGGUCGAAAAAGUACUCAAAUGGCUAGAUGAGAAUCACAGCAAAUACAAAUUUAUGGAAUACAAUUUAGUGAACAAGCGCAGACGUUUGAGGGAACAGAUUCCUGAUUUGGAAAACUCACUGGAAAUGAUAAAGAAGCUUCAAGACGAAAAAAACAACAGCCAAGACAUGGAGACGCGGUUUGUACUUUCGGAUCAAGUCUAUGCCAAAGCAACCAUUACACCCACAGACAGGGUAUGCCUCUGGUUGGGAGCUAAUGUGAUGCUUGAGUAUACUCUCAAUGAUGCUCAAGAACUUUUAACAAAGAACAUUCAGGCGGCAAAAAAGAACUUGGGCUAUGUUGAACAUGACUUGGAUUUCCUUAGAGAUCAGUUCACGACAACAGAAGUUAACAUGGCAAGAGUAUACAACUGGGAUGUCAAAAGAAGACAAACUACAAAGGCCCAAUAAAAAGUGUUUGAAUCUGAUGUUUGCAUACUAAUCAGUGAUUAACAUAAAAUAUAAGAACAACUUAUUUAUUACAAUCGUGUUUGCUUGAAACAAGAGAUGAAUGAACAAGUGAUGAAAACAGCUUAUUAAAAACUUAUGCCUAGCAUCUUGUGAAUUUUUCAUUGUGUAUGGAAUAAAUGAUACAUCUGGCACUCACUUACGUUCAUUUUUAAAUUUUAUCUUUUUUGUUGACUUUUUUUUUCAACAUCUUAUCACACUACCACUUUUGCAUACUGCAAAAAGUUUAUUACUCGUAAUUAGUAAACAUUCGUCCAAGUUUCUAUUACAUUUGUGUUUAUUAAUGGUUUGUUAAAUAUCUUUAUACUAAUCGAGUUGAAACAUUAAAAUAAAAUAGUUUAUCUGUUUAAUGACGUAAUUUUAAGAACUUGAAUGCACAGAAUUUUUUUUAAAUAUAGUCUGUGCAUCAAACGAUCGAUGAAUUGACAAAGAAAAUUGAAGAGCAAAAUUUUAUAUAAUACAAAAAACAAAAAUAUUUUAAA